GACGUGUGGAACUUUUCCGCGUAUCGUCGGCCAAACGCCAGCUUAUCCGGAUGGAGAUGCGAGAUCCUCGGCUUAACGUCAUGGCCUGGAGCCGCAUCUCGACCACACACGGGGCGGCGUUUUCUAAUCUUGCACUCCCCCACAGGCCUCUCCGCGUUCCGACCUUGGUGAAGAUCCUCCCAGAACACCCCGGGACGUCGCGACUAUCUGCAUAGUACACACACACAACCCCCAUGUCGCGGUGAUCACGAGCCCUGGCAUGUCCUCGCCCGCCCUCCGCCAUGACACGGCGCCCAUGGAAACGCACACGCACACGCACACGGUGACGCGCCAUGCGCAUAGGCACGCCGAUACAAAGAGCGCUGGCAGCAGCACAAAUUCCCCGCCCCUGUGCGCCACCGACGGCGACGCCAUUGUGCCCUCGCGGUCGGGGCAAAACACACAUGGCCACGAAGCCGCGAGCCGAACACGAGCCGUGGACAAGAAGAGCUAUGAAUACCUGGUCAAGAGCGGCAUUGCAGGCGGCAUAGCAGGCUGCGCCGCCAAGACGGUCGUCGGCCCCCUCGACCGUGUGAAGAUCCUCUUCCAGACGCAGAACCCGCAGUUCGCAAAGUACACGGGCUCGUGGACCGGCUUCCCCACCGCUGUGCGCGACAUCUAUCUGCAGGCCGGUACGCGGGGGCUGUUCAAGGGGCACUCUGCGACACUGCUGCGCAUCUUCCCGUACGCAGGCAUCAAGUUCCUCGCAUACGAGCAGAUUCGCGCUCGAGUAAUCCACUCAAACGCCCAAGAGACUCCCGGCCGCCGCUUUGUGUCUGGCAGUCUGGCGGGCAUGGUCAGCGUCUUCUUCACCUACCCACUCGAGGUCAUCCGCGUGCGCCUCGCCUUCGAGACGCGCGCGGGCGAGAGAUCCAACUUGGCCUCCAUUGUCCGCAAGAUCUACGGCGAGCAUGCGGCACCGACAUCACACAGCCCUGCCGGUGCACUCACGGCGACUGCAACGCAAGCCGUGCACAAGCUGACCCCGCAGACCGGGCUGAGCAACUUCUUCCGCGGCUUCACACCCACGCUGCUCGGCAUGGUGCCGUAUGCCGGGGCCUCGUUUCUGGUGCACGAUACCGUGAGCGACAUGAUGCGCUGGCCGAGCCUUGCGCCUUACACUGUCUUGCCGAACACAGGCCGCCCAGAGUCGGCGACGACGAGCGAAAAGCCCGCGCAACUGCGCUACUGGGCCGAGCUGGCCACAGGCGGCACCGCCGGGUUCGUCUCACAAACGGUAUCGUACCCACUGGAGGUGAUACGGCGGCGGAUGCAAGUUGGCGGCGUAGUGGGCGAUGGACACAGACUGGGCCUCGCGGAAGUUGCAAAGCGCAUAUACAUGGAGCGGGGCUGGAGAGGCUACUUUGUGGGCCUGACGAUAGGAUACGUCAAAGUUGUGCCCAUGGUGGCGACCAGUUUCUUCGUCUACGAAAGGGCCAAGUUCUACCUUGGGAUAUGAGCAGCGAAGAGGGGCAGCGUUGUCGACUCUGCUGCUGGCGUUCACGGAGUCUCCUGAUGGAUAGACAUGGGAUUCUAUCGUGCAAACUUCUCAUGGUUGUCUGGGCGGGACUUGUACAUAGAGGGCCGAUACAGGGCUGCAUUAGCACGUGCGUUUGGUGGAUCAUGAAUAUUGUUUAUCAAUGCGAACAGUUGA